GCUGGUAUGUGACGCUCUCUGGUGGACACACGAGAAACUGCAGUUUUUCAGAAUCUUAACUGUCUUGUCAUGUAUGACAUUGUACAUUUGAUUGUAAUUAGACUGAUUAGACGCUGAUUGUUAAUUACUGUGACUGGAAAAUAAUUUCAUCCAUGUGUCAGGGCGUUAACCAUACAGUGACUAGUCUAUAGUUUUAGCAAAACAAAAAUAAUAAUUAAAAUCACAGAAGUCAGCGCAGUCGUUACACUUUUGUGAGCGCAUCCUGUUGGAAAUGUUCGGAACUGCACUGAUCGUGUUUUUUUCUUAGAGGGCGGGCCUUGCACGCUGCCGCUGCUACAGGGAUACCAAGAUGGAAAUUCAGGGGCUUUCAGAUGCCCAAAACAAUCAUUCUCAACAUGGCGCCCUGCGUGGAUCCACUCUGUCAACGCUCCCAACGACAUCGACCUCGAGAACAAAAUCUGUUUCUUCAGAAUAUGAAGUGGAUGGACAGCGUGAACACCAAAGUGACAACAACAACAAUACUAGGCCGAGAACAGCUGCGUUUCGGCCACAGGCGGAACAUGGCAGCGCGGUGGACUGCCCACCUGCAUGCCAGCCUGCGCCUCCAGAUAAAAACUGUUUGGCGAGUCAUAGAUGCCCCAACUCUAACAUUAGGAAACACCACGGGGCUCAUACGCAAAUUAACCCACAACACACAGCACAAACGUGGAGCUAUCAUGACGCUGGGACCGUCGGAGAGGGGAAAAUGGCGCUUCCUCGGUUGGAGGAAGAGGGCGGACAGGAAACGGUGCGCACCGCCACCGCCUCGGGUUUACAGUCACAACAUGAGGACACCCCGCACUCGACUUUGAACAGCCAGCUUGCUGUUGAGCACGGUACCGCGGCCUGUAAGGACCUCCAAAGGCUUUACGUGGUUUUGACUGUAACUCCACACAAUGGUAAGACCGAUGCUUCUAGCUCCGGGGCGGCUGUGGAGUCGGUGUCCGCAGUCUCUGUGGCAGGCAAAGGCAAAGAGUGCUUGAGCGACAACGCGCGGGUAAGCGCUUUCCUCGAAGUUGAAGACAACGUUAUGUUUUGUGAAUCCAAUGAGGACUUGAGCGUCCUUAAGAAUAACACGUUGGACAUGAACGACCAUAGUUUUUGUUUGCCAGAUGAUGGUUUCGAUACAAAACGAGCUGACGAUCAAAAAACUGCAGAAGAGGCCAUUUUUACGCACAGCUGCAAUGAUAAACUGGCUGGUAAUGCUUGUACACACAACGCUGUCAGUAAAGUUUCCGUAGACGAUUUGGACGAUGGCAGUGCCUUUGUUUCAGUAGGUUCGGACUUGAUGGAAACAUUGGAUAGUCCAGACAUAAUCGCAGAUGCGCAACAGAACCCUGUUAACCAACUUAACAUGUCCUCUGAUAGUGUCCCUGGCAAUGAAACCUUCUCUGGGACCAUCAUGAUCAACAACCAAAACAUUAUUGUGACAAUAGACAAUGGCUUCCUCACAUUCACCACUCCUCCAGAGGGAGGUGUUCACAAGGAAGAGGACUUGGUCAGUUUAAAAGAGCAACUUGGUAUGAAGGACUAUGAAGAUUUUGUUCUGCUUAAUUAUGAUGGUGGAGCAAAGACAAUUGGGAAGAUCAAUACACUGGCAACCCCCAGCUCCAGUGAAAUUAAGGACACAGAGCUGCCUCUGGUGGAUGACUGUUCAGCAUUGUACACUUUAACAGAGGCAGAUCUUAUCACUCCUUCCCCCAAAGCAGCUGUUCUAAAUACUGAAAAUGAGGAGGUUCACGGCCCCAUAAAGUCAAAGAAAGAGAUUAUUUCCCUCUUUACCUGCCCUGAACCUGGGUGUGCAUUCACUUUUGUUUCGAGACAGAAGCUCAAGGUUCACCAGUUAAACCACGCAGAGGACCCCAGACCAUUCCAGUGCACUGUGGAGGGCUGUGGUUGGGCUUUUGCUACCUCCUACAAACUCAAGCGGCACCUUCAGUCCCACGAUAAACAGCGGCCUUUUGAGUGUACGGUAGAGGGCUGUGACCGGCGGUUUACUACAGUUUAUAACCUCAAAGCUCACAUUAAAAACCACAAGCAGGACGAUGCCUUUGCCUGUGAUAUCUGCAGCGAAAGGUUCCGCAGUGCUACUCGGCUUGCUAGUCACCAGAGAGUUCACUUUGAACCUCAGAGGCCUCACAAAUGUGAUUUUCCAGGUUGUGAGAAGACAUUUAUGACCUUCAGUGCCCUGUUCUCCCACAAUCGUACUCACUUCAGAGAGUCUGGUCACUUCUCCUGCACAUUUCCUGGUUGUGACAAGACCUAUGACAAGGCCUGCCGCUUGAAGAUUCACCUUAGGAGUCACACUGGUGAAAGGCCAUUUGUCUGUGACUCUGAGGGCUGUGGCUGGUCUUUCACAAGCAUGUCCAAACUUCUUAGACACAAACGGAAACAUGAUGAUGACCGUCGCUUCGUUUGUACAGAAGAGGGGUGUGGAAAGUCUUUCACUCGGGCUGAGCACCUGAAGGGUCACAGCAUCACUCAUCUGGGAACCAAGCCUUUCCAGUGCCAUGCAGAAGGCUGUAACGCCAGAUUCUCAGCGCGCAGCAGUCUUUACAUCCACUCCAAGAAGCACAAGCAGGAUGCCAGCAGCCUGCGCAACCGCUGCCCUGUGGCUGACUGCACCAAACACUUCUCAUCACGCAGCAGCCUUAAGAGCCACAUGCUGAAGGGCCACCACAUAAGUCCUGAUGUGCUGAGUCAGAUGGAGAUGACUCCUGCUUUAACUCCUAGCAGCGAGUUGGUCAGCCCAUCUCCUGCUCUGGUAUCCGGGGGAGGCACUACAGUCGAUCAGCUGACUAAUCUGGACCUCAGCUCUCUGUUGUCCGGAGUGUCAGCUGGCACCGUCCCCACUGCAGGAAUUGGCGUGGGAAUACCAGUGAGUGGCACCUCUUCGUCUGGGAUGUUCACCAUGGACCUGUCCAUGGUCAGCUCUGGCAUCCUCACCAUUGACCCAUCUUCAGUGGGAUCUACCUUAAGUACUGGCACCCCCACAACACUGGCCAAAGCUGUAGACCCUCUACUGUUGGCAGCUGGGACAGAGGUGGGCUCUCAUGAGGCCCUGGAGCGGUCUGUGGAAGAGGUGCUCCCUCCACAGGGUACACUUAACCUGGAUGAUGUGCAGAGUGUGACGCCAGAGGCCCUGAGCUCCCUGAGUAGCCUUGGGAUACAGGGGGCUGGUGUGUCUGCUGACUCCCUGAGUGUUGAGACCACAGCGCCGGUGGUGGAGCUCCUAGCCUCUCCCCCCAAAGGCCCAGAGGAGAGUGGGCCUAGCUCAGGACAUCUGCUGAGCUGUGUGGAGGUGAUGGAGACACAGGAGGGGGAGAAGGUGCUCACCCAAUUUGUGUUCCCUGGUCCUGGAAGCAGCUUCAGUCCACAGAAGGACUCUGAACACACCACUGUGUCCCCCAGCAGCUUCCUGGAAACUGGAGGAUCUGCUCGAACAGACUAUAGAGCCAUUCAGCUGGCUAAGAAGAAGAAACAGCGAGGAUCAGUAUCUGUGAAAAGAGCAAAAAUAGUGAAGGCAGCUUCAGCACCACUGUCUGGGGCUCAUUACAGUGAAAGCACAACAUCUUCCACCAGAGCCCUGAGCCUGCGGGAUGCCACUCCCCAAUAUGUGCACAUUCAGCUCCUUCAGGAUGAUCCAGCGUCUGAUGGAGACCUUGCUUUCCAGCUGAGCUCUCAGCCUUCCAGUUCUCAUGCUCAGCUCACUGUGGAUCUGCCUGUCAAUAUUUUACAGGAGCCAUCAGGGAUGACGGAGGAGGACAAUAACUCUGAGAACUCCCAGUUCACUGGAAGCACCAUAAACCUCCAGGACCUGGAGUGAGUCUGACUUUGUCCAGUCACUCACCUAUCUCCUCUGAGGCCUUAAGGGGGCGCUGUUCAGCAGGGCAAAAAGUUGUUGCCACCAAAAUGCACCUUAUUCUAAUUAUUUUAAAAAAACACACAUUUUGUACCAAAUAUUCCUUUCAUUUUCAUCUUUAUAUAAAUGCAAUGUCUUGUUUACAUCAAGAAUUGAACCAGGUGUCCAAUGCACGAUUUUGCCGUCCUUCAAUAUAAGAGACUGAUCGUCAGAAAGUAUAAUUUGCAUUGUAUGUACAGAGGGAAUAAGAUAGAUUAGGAAAUGAAGCAUCAAGCAGUGUUUAAGUAAGUAAACAGUAAAAAAUACAAUUCAGGUUUUGAUAUCGUAUCACCAAUCAAAAUGGAACAAAUAAAGCACAGUCAUAUUUGUCCCUGUUCCUUCAUUAACUUCUCCAAUUGCAUACAAUGAUCCCCACAGUCAUGCUGGUUGCCCGAGGCUAUGUUACUACUCUGCGCUGAGACAAAUUUUGGUUGUAGAAGUGUUUGAUUGUGUGAACCAUUGUUGUGUGCAUGAGUGCUUGUGUACAAUUUUAGAAAAACUGGCACAAAUAUGUGCAAUGGACACCAGGCUGAACUGUCUGCAGUGCCACUUGUAUUGUACAAUCUGCCUUGAGAAGCAUCGUGUACAGCAACUCCUCAAAUCAAAGCAGCCUUAUGUUACUGUUGUGUAUGAUUCCAUAAUAAUGUACAUUUAUUUUUUAUUAUUUAUUUUCAAUUGCAGAUGUAAGUCUGCUUUCCUGCAUACUGUCAUGAAAUUCUAUGAAUUGUAAUAAACUUAUUUUUUUAGGAA